AGGAGCGGACCGGCGGCGACACGAUUAUUUCAUGUUUACAUGUUUUUAUUUUGACCCGGGAAGGUUCUGGUUCUGUUGAUCUGAAGGUUCUUUUUAUCUCAGCAGUACAACCAGAACCGAAGCAGAACCAAAGAACCAAACAUCGCGAGACACGAGUUUUCCCGCCGCACAGCCUGCUGGGAAAUAUAUGAACGUCAGAGCUGCGUUGAUUGGAGCACCGCGGCGCGUGCAGAGAAAAGUCAUGUCUGGUCUGUUGGAUCAGAGGAACAGAAUCCAGCAGCAGGUGAAGCAGCUGCAGGAGAGACUGAACCAGAAUGAACUGGAGCUGCUGAGCAGUGAGACAGAUGAUGUAUCGGAUGAUGAGGACCUGGAGGACGAUGUUGGACAGACUGGACAGUGUGCAGCAGGUCUGCUGGCUCAGAGGGACCAGAUCCAGAAGGAGAUCCAGAACCUGGAGGACGUCCUCGGUCCACUCAGUCCCAUCAGUCCCAUCAGCGUGUCAGGUACCUGUCUCACCUCUCUGCCACAUUUUCAUACCUGUGAAGCCAUUUCCAGGGUUGAAUGUGUCCAGAAGUCCAGUUAUGAUGACAGCAGCAGCGACGAGUGUGUGUAUGUCUGUGUGUGUAUCUGUGUUUGUGUGUGUGUGUGUUUCUCUGUGUCUCUGUGUGUGUGUCUGUGUGUGUGUGUGUGUGUGUGUGUGUGUGUGUGUGAGUCUGUGUGUGUCUCUGUGUCUCUUUGUGUGUGUGUCUGUGUGUGUCUCUGUGUGUGUGUCCAGAGUGUGGGUCUGUCCCUGUCAGUGGAUUCUUGUCUCCAGAUGAACCUCGUUUACCAGCAGGUCGUUCAGGGAACUCUGAACCUGCUGGAGACACAUCUGCUACACAACCAACGACAACAGAAGGAGCUCCUAUUUCAGUUGUCUGGACCAAUCAGAGAGUCUCCCAGAGAACAGUCCGCCCCCUCCUCCUACCAGCAGCCAAUCACCAUGUACCUUGGGUCGUUCAUGAAGCCGUACUUCAAGGACAAACUGACAGGACUGGGUCCUCCAGCCAAUCAGGAGACGAAAGAGAAGGUCAGCAGGAUGACUGGUUGUCUGGACGACAGGAAGCUGAAGGUGAAACGAUGGGAGAGCUGGCAGAAGACUCUGUUGAUCCACUCGAUGUGCAGAGACAAUCUGAGGAGACUCAUCCAGCCCAAAUUGUCCAAGGUGGACUAUCUGACCCAGAAGCGGUCCUCGGCAGUGCAGACAGACAGGCAGCAUCUCCGGGAUCAGAUUGACAGCUCGGAGAGAGAGAUCGACCUGCUCAGAGGGAAGAAGGAGGAGGAGCUGAUUGGUGGUCGAUACGAGGAGCACGACUGGCAGAAGAUCUCCAACAUUGAUUUUGAAGGGACGAAGGACGCCAACGACAUCCGAAGAUUCUGGCAGAACUUCCUCCAUCCGUCCAUCAACAAGAACUGCUGGAGUCCAGAGGAGGUCCAACAUCUGAAGGAGGUCAGCAGGAGGCAGGGAGACAGGCACUGGGACGUCAUCGCCACAGAGCUGGGGACGGGGAGGACGGCCUUCAUGUGUCUCCAGAUGUUCCAGCGGUUCGUUUCUGAUUUGUUGCGUCACAGCAGCUGGACUCUGUCUGAAGACGUUCUGCCCAGAGAGCUGGUGGAGAAGAUGAGGAUCGGAAACUUUAUCCCCUACACCCAGAUGAGUUACUUCAUGGAGGGUCGGGACCCGGCUCAGCUGAUCUACAGGUGGAACCAGGUUCUGGACCCGAGCCUUAGGAGAGGACCAUGGACCAAAGAGGAGGACCAGCUGUUGCUGCGAGCCGUGUCCCGGUACGGGGAGAAGAAGUGGUGGAAGAUCCGGCUGGAGGUUCCUGGACGUACCGACAGCUCCUGCCGAGACAGGUACCACGACAGUCUGAAGGCGGGAAUGAACAGAGGAGCGUUCAACCAGCAGGAGAGACAUCUGCUGCUUAGGCUGGUGGAGAAACACGGAGUCGGUUACUGGGCGAAGAUCGCUGCUGAGAUUCCUCAUCGGUUCGACGCUCAGUGUCUCAGAGAGUGGAAGAAGCUGAACAGACCUCCUGCCAAGCAGAAACAGAAGAAAGCUAAAAGGAGUGGAGGAGGAGAAAAGAAGAAGAAGGACACCACCAAGAAGAACAUCAGGAGGCGACUGAAGACAAUGAAGAAGAAGGAGGAGGAGGAGAAGGUGAUUCCCUACAUGGACAGCGAUGACGAGAAGAAGAUGGUGGUGGAGGAGAGGAGCGAGGAGCAGCAGCAGGAGGAGGAGGAGGAGGAGUUCAGCUUCCCUCCCAUGCAGGACUGGGUUCCAGCAGGAAGACCAGAACCUUCGUCCUCCCUGAGCUUUUGCCCGGUGCUGCUGCCUUCUUCCACCGACGCUUUCAGUGGGGCUCCGGUCCGUUCGACCGUCGUUGGGAAGUUCAGCUGCUCCUCGGUCUUCGGACCUCCUCCAAGAGCGCUGCAGCAGGACGAGUGCUACAGCAGCGCCGCCAUGAUGAUGGUGUCUCCUGAGGAGCUGAGGGUCCACCUGCAGCGCCAGGCCCACAGGUUCAACCACCGGAGCUCAGAUGUGUCCUCAGAUAUCUCCUCAGAUGUUUCCUUCAAUGCCUCCUCAGAUGGGUCCUCAGAUGUGUCCUCAGAUAUCUCCUCAGAUGUUUCCUUCAAUGCCUCGUCAGAUGCGUCCUCAGAUAUCUCUUCAGACGCGUCCUCAGAUGCGUACUCAGAUGUCUCCUCAGAUGCGUCCUCAGACGUUACCUGCGAUGUCUCCUCAGAUGUCUCCUCAUGCUGUCUUCGUUCCUCGUCCUGUCUUGCAGCAGCUCCUUCCUUCCUCUCCUGCAGGUUCCACAGUCUGCUCAGAUCCAGAACAUCAUCCUGCUCCCUCCUCAGAAGCUCCGCCCCCUGCAGCUGCAUGACUACUAUGUCCCACUGCCCGGUCAGCCAAGCCCCGCCCCCAAACUGCCAAACACCGCAGGGAGGGAGAGGGGGAGGAGCCACAGCCGGUGACAAGCAGUCAAGACAACCAAUGGGUGGACAGGACAGGUACAGGUGUGAUCCUGGAAGGGAAAAGGGUCCGGAAGCCGACUCAGAAGGCCAGAGCUCUGCAGGAGACAAGGAGGCCAAGGUGAGACCAGAACCUGUAGCAGCAGAGGUACAGAUUUUGAAAACUGCCCCCCGGUCGAGGAAACGAGGGUCGCAGUCGGCGCGUAACAGAGCGCAAGACAGCGAGAGAAAACUCACCAUGCCGAGAGGUUUGUUCACCGUUGACAAAGUAUUUCGUCAAGUAAUGGCUGACUCAGAUUCUGAAGAGGAAUAUUCACCCUCUGAUGAAGAUGUUCAGUUGUCCAGUGAGACAGAAGGGUUAGUUUGUUUGUUUGACCCCGCCCUCAUGUUCCUGGAGCCGCAGGCGCAGGUCUGUGAUUGGCUGAGCGGGAAAAGGGGGGUGUCGGUACCUGGAGCAGGUGUGGCCAUACCUUACCUGCCCCUAUUUGUCAGCAGUCUGAGCACGCUCAGUGCGCUGCUCCAGUCCAAGAAGUCCCUGACGAAGGCAUCGCUGCAGCUGCUGUGCCGAGGCUCCGAACCUCGACACCCCCGAACCACACCUGACACACCUGAAGCCAGGCAACCACCACCAGACCUGCCAGACUCCACCUCUGACCUCCGACCAUCUGAGGAACAACCAGCUUCCUCUGCCAGCUCAGCCCAGCAGCAGCAGGAGGACGAGGAGGACGAGGAGGCCACCAUGGUGGAGGCGGUGCGACACCUGGUGGCGGAGCGUUUCUCAGGUAACCCCGCCUACCAGCUGCUGAAGGCCCGCUUCCUGUCUUGCUUCACUGUCCCCGCCCUCCUGGCCACUGUGCAGCCAGUUACAGGAAAGACUGUGGACUGGCCAGCCAAUCAGGAGGAGGAGGAGGAGCCAAGGAAGGCCAGACAAAGAGGACGGAGGAGAGUUCAGAGAUCUUUGUUGCUGAGUGACGCCUCCGGAGCUCCAGCCAAUCACUUCUCAGGGAUUCCUUCUGCGGACCGGACCGGACCGGACCGGACCAGUAGAAACCUCAUAUUGAGCUAACUGGUGUUUGGAACCCCGGCUGGUUUACUGAACAACGUUCUUCAAAGAAAGAACCUGGAAGCUGCUGAUCGGCUGCGUUCAAGAACCCUCAGAACGGCGUGAACUUCUGAUAACUCAUAAAUCCGGACCGUCUGAGCAUCCUUGAAUGCACCACCAGAGGAACGAUGAAUGAACCAGUCAGAGCAGAUCAAUCUGUGCUGCAUUGAUUAUUGAUCAGGGGGCUGUGUGGUGCGUUCAGGAACCUCAGGAGGAGUUAGUAAAGUGGUGGAGCUGCACUAAAACCUGUUGGUUGUUGCUGAUCUUUGUUAUUAUUUAAGAUGAGAAUUUUUUUCAGUUUCUUUGAGCUGAAGGUUUUCUAAUAAAGAUAAUUAUGGAAAAUUA